AUAAUCGGGCUCAGCUGAUUGUCCCCGGCAGAGAGUUGUUUGGCGGCGGGCGGGCGGGCGGCGCAGCCAGGAGGGCGGGCGGCGGAGGAGGAGAAGGAGGCGGGGGGCUCCUCUUUGUUGUAUGGGGGUGUCCAGCCGGGGCUGAGGGGAGGGGAGGGCGCGGCGGGCGUUGGCGGGCCGUUGCCUCCCCUCCUCCUUCUUUCCCCCCCCCGCCCCUCGACCCCGGCGCUGCUGCCCCAUGAGCUCGACGGCGGCGGCCCUCGCUGAGGGGGCGGCCCUGGCGGAGGGGCCCGCCGUGCCCUACGCGGUGGAGCUGGGGCUGACCGUGCUCCACACGGCGCUCUACGCCGCCCUCUUCCUCUUCGCCUACCUGCAGCUCUGGCUGCUCCUCUACUACCGGGAGCGGCGGCUGAGCUACCACACGCUCUGCCUCUUCCUCUGCCUGCUCUGGGCUGCCCUCAGGACCACCCUCUUCUCCUUCUACCUGCAGAACUCCCUGCAGGCCCUCCGCCUCCAGCAGCCCUUCGCCCACUGGCUCCUCUACUGCCUGCCCGGCUGCCUGCUCUUCUCCAGCCUCUGCCUCCUCAACCUCUAUUUUGCUGAGGUCAUAUUCAAAGUGAAAUGUGCAGCUGAAUUCAACAAGUACAAGGUCCUGUUGUACCUGGGCUCUGUAUUUACCAGCCUCCUCUUCUUAGUUGUGAAUUUAACUUGUGCAAUGUUAAUCCACGGUGAGGUCCCGGAGAACCAGUUGAGGUGGACAGUCCUUGCCCGUGCCCUAGUUAACGACAGCCUCUUCAUCCUCUGUGCCAUCUCGCUGGCUUGCUGCAUGUGCAAACUGGGAAAGAUGUCUUCAGCGAAUGUCUACCUCGAGUCUAAGGGAACAUCUGUCUGCCAGGCGAUUCUUGUGGGAUCUGUAGUCGCUCUUCUGUAUUCCUCAAGGGCUUGCUAUAACCUGGUAGCUGUGGCCAUAUCUCCCGACAAUGUUCCUGGUCCUUUUAACUAUGGCUGGGACAACCUUUCAGAUAAGGUGCAUGUAGAAGUGAGCAGUGAAGAGUACGUGGUGUUUGGAGUGGUCCUUUUCCUCUGGGAGCUGGUGCCAACGACUUUCGUGGUGCUGUUCUUUCGGGCUCAGAGACUGAGUCAGAACUUGACUCCAGCGGGGAUGGUCAAUAGUCACAGCUACAGCUCCAGAGCCUACUUCUUUGACAAUCCAAGGCGCUACGACAGCGAUGAUGACUUGUCACGGCUUGGGGCCAGAGAAGGAGGCUUGGCCACCCCCCAGUGCUCUGGCUGCUAUGGGUCCCUGGCUGGCAAUGACAACUACACGGUGGGUCCCCAUCUCAGCGGAACGGUUACAGACAGUGCCCCCUUGCUCUUUGCCACAGGCGGCUCGGAGAUGAAUAAUCACCAUAGCUCAUACCCUGCACCACAGAACUGAAGAGGCUGUGAGGUCCCUUUCUUCCCCAGAAGUGGCAUUCAUGUAUAGGAUUGUAACCUGGUUUUCUCUUUCCUUCUUCCCUGGAGUAUCUAACUCAUCGACACAAACAUUCCACUACCUGCUGCAGCUGUAAGUGGGACUGAGCCUAUGGCUGCAGGCAGUAAGCAAGAGAACUGUGACUUUAAGGUACCAUGUAGCAAAGUGAAGCUGAACUCUCUGGAAGCUUUUUCUUGGUCUGGUCUUCAAGAUGUUGGCAGCUAAAUGCACCAGAGCUUCCUCACUAGAAAAGAAACAUCAAAUGCAUAUUUGCACUUUUAUCUGCACACUUGGAAGGAACGGAAUCUUGCUCAGACCGCGCUUGGUCUGAGACUGUUCUAGUUAUUCUUUUAAUUGCACAUCCAUAGCUGGGAGAGGCACUGUCUUCCUGCAAAGACGUGUUCCGUGAAGUACUCUGCAUCCUGACUCACUUGGGAGUGUGAAGCUCUGGCCGAACGUGUUACAGGCAGGGCCUCCUGCGGUGAAUGUUCAAGCAUACUGUGCCAUAUUCACACCUGGCAGGGCUGAUGCCUCUGGGCUGAGUGUGGUCUUGCUCUUGACUGCUGGGCCUCGUUUCACCUGGUUGCUGAAGUGUCCUGCCUAGGACUGUGGGCUCAAAGCUGGGCUCUAGGCAUAUCCUAGCGGACGCCUGGGAGGGUGAGAUCAAGUGCUCCUACUGGCAUUAAGAUCACUAUGUUGUAACCAACCCACUAGCUCGUGGCAAAGGAAGAGGGCUGGCGUGGAUGGAGGGGGCAAGACUUCAUAGGCUGCUGCCUUCUGGGAGAGCUUAGAGCUGGCUCGGCGAGAGCGUGCCUGUAGGAACACGUGUGGCCCAAAGCACGUGUAAAACUAGGGCUGCUUUAACUGGUGGGUGGCGAGAGCAGUCCUGCUCCCUCUUCCUCUUCACCCGCCGUGGGGCUCCCCUUUCCCCCUCAGUAUUAAAUUGCAUUUAGCAGAUAACCAAGAGUUUUAACCUGAAGCGAAUGUGAACCAGUGGGGUCCCCACAGAGGUGCGGGAGGUGUCUGUCUGCGGAGGCAAUGCCUGCUGUUGCAGAGGGAAGUUGCAGAUGGUGCAGAGAGCUGGUCCCUGGGCUCCUUCGCUCUCCCUUCCCCUGCCAUGGGGCAGGACCGUGGGCCUGGAGUCCUCCCACUGCCACAGGAGCUGUGUCAGCAGGCUUUGGGUGUACACAGGGUUUGAGUGUGUUGGGUCAGUCUGGGAAGAGGUUUCUCUGUCUGUCUUUAACCAAAAUUGCCAAGUUUGACUUGGCCUGUAGCUCCAUCUGGCUCUUGGAGAUGACGCUUGGUGUUAUUCCUGGCUUCCUGGGGCUGAGCGAAGCAGCUUUGGACACAGCCUUGGAUGGAGGCACUGGUCCAGGGAGGGCAACUGCUCUGACCUCUAGUGACAACCUGAACUGGAACUGCUUUUCACAUACCUAGAGCUGCUCCCGCUGUUCAAACCAGAGUCUGACACUGAAGGACCCAGCUGGGGUGAAGGACUUAGCUGGGCAGGGGCUGGCGUGGUGCUGUGGGACGUGGGGCUGGGCUCUGGUGCCGGAGGCAGCCUCGGUGUCCACAGCUGUGUGUGAGAAACCCCCAGCACUGGGGCAGCCCCGGCCUCUCCUCACUUGCUGUGUGCUCACUGGUAUGGCCUGGUCACCCAUCACCUGCAUCACUUGUACUGAGCUAGAUGUCACUUCUCACUGAGAACACCCAGACCCUCUGUGUGGUUUCCUCGGCUGGCUUCUGGGCCUCUCCUUGCUAACCUGCUUCACUUGUGCUGGCCCAAAAAAAAAAAAAAAAGAAA